AUGGCUAACCUAAAAAAUUUUAGUAAACUUCUCUUUAGUCAAAUUCCAGUUGACCUUGAUUCACCAGAACCUUUUUGGUUCGGUAGUCAAGGUCCUGAUGAGUCUCCUGUCAUGAGUGCUCCCGACGUUCCUGCUAAGUCUCCUGUGAGCUCUCCUACCGACGUUCGGGCUAAGUCUGCUGUGAAUCCAAAUGCCUCAGGUUCUGAGAGGAGAAAAUGGACUCCCACAGAGGAUAAAAUCCUUAUUGGUGCUUGGCUUAACACCAGUAAGGACCCUGUGAUGAGCAACGAGCAGAAGUCCACUUCUUUCUGGAAGCGUAUAGUAGAGUACUACAACACAAGUCCUCUCCUCACUGGGACAAUACCGAGAGAGACCACCCCUUGCAAGCAGAGGUGGUCUAGGAUUAACGGCGAUGUAUCCAAGUUCUGUGGCUCCUACGAUGCGGCUCUGAGGGAGCAAAGAAGUGGGCAAAACGAUGAUGAUGUGAUGAAAACCGCCUUGGACAUUUUCUUCAACACGGUCGGCUACAAGUUCACCAUGGAUCACUGCUGGAGGGAGCUGAGAUACGACCAGAAAUGGUUCUCCCACUAUCUUGCUAAGGAGGCUGGAAAGGAGAAGCGCAAACAAGCUGUGGAGGUGGAUACAGAAGAAGCCCAAGGUGUCGAACCAGAAGUUAGACCUCCCGGGGUUAAAGCGGCGAAAGCUAGUACCAAGAAGAAGAAGAGUGGCAGGGAGGAGGAGUUGUCGAGGCUACAAGGGGUUUUAGAAAUUAAGGAAAAACUGUCUAAACAAAAGCUUCUUGAUCGUUUACUAGCUAAGAAAGAAACUCUCUCAGAUAUGGAAAACAGUUACUCGCAUGUGGGAAGGAGUCACGGGUGCAUUUGGUCUUUAUCUGAUGGAGUAGGAUUCACGGGUGAUGGAGUAGGAAUCAAGGGUGUAGCUGUAGAAGUCACGAGUGUUGGAGUAGGAAGCACGGGUGUAGUUGUAUGA